GGCACGUGGGUUAAUGAUUUUAAUUUGUAAUAUGAUUCUUGAUUUGACUUCUUCUGUUAGCUAUUUGUGAUUUUAACAAAUUAUUUUGACAAAUAUUAAUUUAAUUCAUGAAGUAAUAAAGAAUAUAUAUUAAUAUAUUUAAUAGUCUUUUUGAAAAAUAAAACGAUGGAAUCUAAAGUUAAUUUUCAUGAAAUGGACAUCGAUGAUCGGAUACUCAAGGCUAUUGCUAAUAACGGGUGGACAGAACCCACAUUGGUGCAAGAACGAGCCAUUCCGCUUAUGUUAGAAGGCAAAGACAUGUUGUUAAGAGCAAGGACGGGAUCUGGUAAAACCGCGGCAUUUGUAAUACCAGUAUUACAGAAAAUAUUAAAAUCCAAAGAAUUAAAUCCGGAUCAGUAUAACACAAAAGCCUUGAUUCUGGCUCCGAGCAAAGAACUCUGUAAUCAAAUUUAUAAAAAUAUACUUCAGUUAGCAAUGAAGUGCUCUAGAAUAAUUUGUUGUGUAGAUAUAUCUGGACAAAUAGAUAUGAAAGAACAGAAGCCGUUAUUGAUUACACCGCCUGACAUAAUUGUGUCCACUCCGGCAAGAGCGUUGCUUCAUUUGCAAGCCAAAAAUAUAUCUCUCGACGAUCUUCAAACGAUAAUCGUCGACGAAGCGGAUUUAGUUUUUUCUUUCGGUUACGAAGAAGAGAUUAAAGAAACAGUCAAGUAUUUACCAAAAGUCUAUCAAGCGGUGUUAGCCAGUGCCACACUCUCUGAAAAUGUUUUAGAAUUAAAAAAGUUGUUAUUGCACAAUGCUGUUAUUUUGAAAUUACAAGAACCAGACCUGGCACCGUUAUCACAGUUGACGCAUUAUAAACUCAACGCCCAAGAAGAAGACAAAGCUGUUAUAUUGUAUUGUUGUUUCAAGCUGAAGCUCGUCAAAGGGAAGACGAUUGUUUUCGUCAAUACGGUCGAUAAAUGUUACAAGUUGAAAUUGUUUUUGGAACAAUUUGGCAUUCAUACUUGUGUUUUGAAUUCUGAACUUCCUGCUAGCUGUCGUUAUCAUACCAUUUGUCAGUUUAACGAUAACGUAUACGACAUAAUUAUUGCGUCUGACGAAAAAUUUAUGGACGAAGAACAAACGAAAGAAGAAACGACCAACCAAACUAGCAAACGUAAACACGAUAAAGAAUUCGGAGUGGCCAGGGGAAUCGAUUUUCAAUUUGUGUCCGUUAUAAUCAACUAUGAUUUUCCAUUGGACGUAUAUUCUUACAUUCACAGAGUUGGUCGCACAGCCAGAGGUAAAAACAAGGGUACGGCUAUCUCAUUUUGUAAUAUUAGAGAACAAAAUAUGUUGAACGAUGUGGAAAAAUAUAUAAAACAAGGUACAUCGGAAAAAAAUGAUGUAUUUCUUCCGUUCAACUUCAAACUCGAAGAAGUCGAAGGAUUCAGAUAUCGAGCGAAGGACGCUUGGCGAGCUGUCACUAAAAUUGCAGUGCGAGAGGCCCGUCUUAAGGAAAUCAAACACGAGAUGCUUAACUCUAAAAAACUUAAAAGGUAUUUUCAAGAGAAUCCUCGAGAUUUAUUGUCGUUAAGGCACGAUAAAGCAUUGCACACUGUGAAACUACAAGACCACAUGGCUGACGUUCCUGAUUAUAUGGUUCCGGCAUCGUUAAAAGAAUUUCUACACACGCAACAAGAAGAAGAUGAGAACGUGAAAAAUUCGAGAAAAAAAGACAAAGACUAUUAUAAGAAAUUACAAUCGGGAUACAAAAAAUAUCAAACGAAAAAAAAGAAUCCUUUAGUCGGAAUGGAAUAUACUGGAUUAAAAAAAAUGUAAAAUAAACUCUGCGUACGAUUAUUAAA